UGCGAAAACCUGGCCUGGAGGCUGGACGACUUCAGUAGGCUGUCACGGUGAAAACACUCAAAAGGCAACAUCAAAUCAAUUUUGGACAGUCUUUUUCUUCUUCCUUCUCUUUCUGGAAACAGUCAGUUAGUUUUCGAGGAAUUUUGUCUGGAGAUGGGAGUGAAUCAUAAUUUCGGCCCCGGCCCGGGCGCCAGGCCCAGGCCAAGCAAGGUCAAGGGCCAAACGACGUCGCUUCAGCUUCACUUGUUCUCCGCACCUUGCUAAACCUGCCUGUCAGCACUCAUUCAAUGAACAACAAGCAACCUGUUCAGUAGCUGACAUCACCCUCAAUAGCCAUGUUACCAUUUCGCACGUGGCGACGGCAGAUUUAUCACAGCACCUUACCAAUUGGGAUAACCAGAAUGUUGAGGAGGAAAUGUACCUCUGCCUAGGAUGCGACAGUGGAUAUGCUAAUAAAGGCAAGGAGUGUAUACCAUGUAUCUUCAAUGCCUUCACCCAUCAAACCUUUUUUGAUACCAGUGGUAUGCUGGAGUGUGUCGAUGAAGAUAAACCAGUCAUCACGCUUCCAAACGAGGACAAACUCUGCCUCCCACAUGAUUCUGAUGAAAUAACACUUAAUACCGAUCUUAAAGAAGAAGACCUUAAACAAUAUUUGCCAACGUGCAAGGACGACAUUGAUGGGACAUUAAAAGUUGAUAUCUCACUCUCCCUAGACGAACCUCUAACUGUUAGUGAGAUACCUGUUACAGUAACAUGCAAGGAUAACUCUGGAAACAAACAAAUUAGUGAAUACACUCUUACUGUUCAAGACUGUCAAAAGCCACGACUAUCAAAUCCUACCGAGCUGGAAUUUUGUGCUGAUUACGGGGGAAAUACCAUAAGUUUCAGUGAAGAUAAUUUCCCUACUCCACUGUGCUCCGAUGCUGUUGAUAAGAGUCCUGUGAUUGAAUUUGUAGAUGAUCAGAGCAGGGUCUUUUCAGUUGGAGAGCGUAACAUCACUGUAGUUUGCACAGAUGCUGCUGGAUUGAAGGAUGAGUUAACAUACACUGUCCAAGUAAACGACUGUGAAAAUCCAACACUAUCAGAGCCAGAAGAGCUGGAAUUUUGUGCUGAUGAGGGAAGAACCAAAACAUUCGAUGCAGAUAGUUUCCCUUCUCCAGUGUGUAAUGAUUUUAUUGAUACUGAUCUUGAUGUUGAAUUGGAUGAUACCAACAGUGUCUUUUCAUAUGGAGAUCGUAUCAUCACUGCAGUUUGCACAGAUGAUGCUGGAUUGAAUGAUACUUUAAAAUACACUAUCACCAUUAAGGACUGUGAAAAUCCAACACUAUCAGAGCCAGAAGAGCUGGAAUUUUGUGCUGAGGAUGGGGGAAAUACCAAAAGUUUCAGUGAAGAUAAUUUCCCUACUCCACUGUGCACCGAUGCUGUUGAUGAGAGUCCUGUGAUUGAAUUUGUAGGUAAUCAGAGCAGGGUCUUUUCAGUUGGGGAGCGUAGCAUCACUGUAGUUUGCACAGAUGCUGCUGGAUUGAAGGAUAAGUUAACAUACACUGUCCAAGUAAACGACUGUGAAAAUCCAACACUAUCAGAGCCAGAAGAGCUGGAAUUUUGUGCUGAUGAGGGAAGAACCAAAACAUUCGAUGCAGAUAGUUUCCCUUCUCCAGUGUGUAAUGAUUUUAUUGAUACUGAUCUUGAUGUUGAAUUGGAUGAUACCAACAGUGUCUUUUCAUAUGGAGAUCGUAUCAUCACUGCAGUUUGCACAGAUGAUGCUGGAUUGAAUGAUACUUUAAAAUACACUAUCACCAUUAAGGACUGUGAAAAUCCAACACUAUCAGAGCCAGAAGAGCUGGAAUUUUGUGCUGAGGAUGGGGGAAAUACCAAAAGUUUCAGUGAAGAUAAUUUCCCUACUCCACUGUGCACCGAUGCUGUUGAUGAGAGUCCUGUGAUUGAAUUUGUAGGUAAUCAGAGCAGGGUCUUUUCAGUUGGGGGAGCGUAGCAUCACUGUAGUUUGCACAGAUGCUGCUGGAUUGAAGGAUAAGUUAACAUACACUGUCCAAGUAAACGACUGUGAAAAUCCAAAACUAUUAGAGCCAGAAGAGCUGGAAUUUUGUGCUGAUGAGGGAAGAACCAAAACAUUCGAUGCAGAUAGUUUCCCUUCUCCAGUGUGUAAUGAUUUUAUUGAUACUGAUCUUGAUGUUGAAUUGGAUGAUACCAACAGUGUCUUUUCAUAUGGAGAUCGUAUCAUCACUGCAGUUUGCACAGAUGAUGCUGGAUUGAAUGAUACUUUAAAAUACACUAUCACCAUUAAGGACUGUGAAAAGCCCACACUAUCAGAGCCAAAAGAGCUGACAUUUUGUAAUGAUGAAGGAAAA